AUGGAUCGUUCCAGUACCCCUGAGAAGAAACCUCAUUAUAUCGAUGAAGAAGAUGGGGACCUUGAGGCCGCCGCCGCCUCCCAGCUGGAUGAGGCUCAGGUCUUCCAGCAAGGCCUUCACCAGCGCCAUAUUCAGAUGAUUGCCCUGGCCGGCACCAUUGGCACGGGUCUGUUUCUGAGUUCGGGACGCGCCAUUGCCCAUGCCGGACCGUUGGGAGCGUUUCUGGCCUACUCGAUCAUGGGACUGGCGGUGUCGAGCGUGGUGUUUGCGGUGGGAGAAAUGGGGGCGUUGGUGCCGCUGGCCGGCGGGGUGAUUCGCUACGCCGAGAUCUUCGUCGACCCCGCCCUUGCUUUCGCCAACGGAUGGAACCAGAUCUAUUCCUACCUCGUAUCGAUUCCCUCGGAGAUUGUCGCUGCGGCGGUGGUCAUUGAGUUCUGGACCACCAUCAACAACGCAAUCUGGAUCACGGUGUUUGGGCUGCUGAUGUUGAUCACAGCCCUGCUGUUUGUGCGCGUCUACGGCGAGCUGGAAUUCGGGUUCUCCAUCCUCAAGAUCAUGCUCGUCAUUGGCAUUAACCUCAUGGCCCUUGUGAUCACCUGCGGUGGUGGCCCUAACCAUACCAGCAUUGGCUUCCGUUACUGGCGCGACCCGGGCCCUUUCGUUCAGUACCUUAACAUCGGCGGCUCUCUGGGACGAUUCCUCGGUUUUUGGACGGCAUUGAACAGCGCGCUAUACUCCUACUCGGGCAUCGAAAACAUUACGAUCGCGGCGUCGGAAACACGCUCACCCCGUCGGUCGAUUCCCAUGGCCGCGCGGCGCAUCUUCGUCCGGAUCCUGCUGUUCUACGUUUUGACCAUGUUUAUGAUCGGACUGGUGGUGCCAUCCAACGACCCUGACUUGCUGGGAUCCUCGGGCACAGCGUCCGAGUCGCCUUUUGUGAUUGCGGCGCGCAAUGCUGGCAUCAAGGUGGUGCCGUCGAUUAUCAACGCGGUGGUGCUCACGUCGGCAUGGUCGUCAGGCAACUCCAACAUGCUGGGGGGGUCACGCGUGAUGUACGCCAUGGCUGCAGAGGGCCAUGCCCCGAAGUGGUUCAUGCGGAUGAACCGGUUCGGCAUUCCUUGGGUGGCCGUGACCAUUCUGGGCAUCUUCAUGGCACUGGGCUACAUGACGCUGUCCAGCUCAGCCAGUACAGUGUUCACCUGGCUGCAGGAUAUUGUCUCCAUUGCCACCUUGGUGAACUGGGGAUGCAUCUGCAUUGUGUAUUUACGGUUUUACUACGCAUGCAAGAAGCAGGGCAUCGAUCGACACAAGGAGCUACCCUGGGCGGCGCCCUUCCAGCCGUGGAGCACAUGGAUUACCUUGGGGCUUUUCAGCAUUUUGUUCCUGACGGGCGGCUACACGACAUUUAUCCACGGGCACUGGGAUACUGAGACUUUCAUCUCUUCGUAUCUCAACGUGCCGAUUAUCUUUGUGUUGUACUUUGGUUACAAGUUGUGGAUGAAGUCGAAGAUUAUCCCGUUGGAGGCAGUGCCGGUGCGGCCAUUCAUCCAACAUUACCAGGAAAACCCAGAGCCGGAGCCAGAGCCCAAACGGGGGUGGCAGCGAUUGAACUUUUUGUGGUCUUGAUUUCUCUCUGUUAUGUAUAUGUGUAUUUAGCCG